CAUCGAUCUCGACACCUCAUCGCCGCUCUCGGCACCUCUGCAUUGAUCUCACCAUCUCGGCGCCGAUCUGGACACCUCAGCAUCGAUCUCGAUAUCCCAGCAUUGAUAUCGACACCCUUGAGCUGAUCUCGAUACCUGUUUAUUGACAUCGAUACCGCCGCAUCGGCCGAUACACUUCACCCCCUCCCUCACCCACCCCAUCCCAACUGAGACACAUCGCCCCGACGUCGUCUGGACAUCUGGCCUCAUCAUGCUCCGUCAAGCCUCUUCCGCGGCACUGUCGCUGCUGGCCACUCGGCCAUCCGUCGCCUGCUCCGCCGUGCUUUUGCCUCGCUCGUCUGCCGUGCUCGGCGCCCGCACCAUCACCGCCGCGUCUCCACGGGCAUCGGGUCUGUUCGAGGGCCUGGUGAGCGGAUCAAGGAACUGUCUGGCCAAGGCAAUCACUUUGGUCGAAUCCACUCGUUACGAUGACAAGGACGAUGCCUCAGAGCUGCUGUCCAUGGUUCUCCGCAGCUCCAGCAUCCGCCAGUACAAGACCCAAGACAACUUCAAGUCCACCUUCCGCAUCGGUCUCUCUGGUGCACCUGGAGUCGGAAAGUCCUCCUUCAUCGAGCAGUUUGGUCUCUUUCUGAUAGAGCGAGGCCACAAAGUCGCUGUGCUGGCCGUCGACCCGUCAUCUGCCCGGACAGGCGGCUCCAUCUUGGGCGAUAAGACUCGCAUGGAGUUCCUCUCCCGCCACGACGAUGCAUUUGUUCGCCCAUCUCCGAGCAGCUGCACCCUUGGUGGCGUCGCCAGAAACACCAACGAAGCCAUCCUCAUUUGCGAAGCCGCAGGAUACGAUAUCAUCCUCGUUGAAACCGUUGGCGUCGGACAGUCGGAAACUAUGGUUGCCGACAUGGUUGAUAUCUUUACGCUGCUGGUAGCACCAGGAGGCGGUGACGAACUGCAGGGCAUGAAGCGAGGUAUCAUGGAGCUCUCUGACCUGGUGCUUGUCAACAAAGCCGACGGUGUCCUUGCCGUCCCAGCCAGGAUGGCCCAGAUGGAAUACAUCAGCGCCCUCAAGUUCAUGCAGCCCGUCAACGCUCUAUGGCGACCCGAGGUCCUACUGAUGUCGGCGGCAGAGAAGAAAGGCAUCGAUGAAGUCUGGAACUCCAUGAAGCUCUAUUACAAGACCAUGUAUGACUCCAAGUCGCUGUUCCAACGCCGCGCAGAGCAGAACAAGACUUGGAUGUGGAGACAGAUUACCGAGGAGCUUCUGUGGAGGCUUCGACACGACCCAAAAGUCAAAGCCUCGCUCCUGCAGCUCGAAGAGUCCGUCAAGAACGGCAGAAUCACCCCCGGCAGCGCCGCCGAGCAAGUUUUGCAUCAAUUCAUCGCCGACCAGCAAGUGCGGCCCUGAACGCACCAAGUGUCUAUGCCACUCCUCGGUCUGAGUUUCUAUUCUCUAUUUUUGUCCACCACGAUACCUGCUCCUGGAUAAGCUGCCUCCCCGACGUCAAGUUCAAGGACGAACCAAGCACCCGCCAGACCCACCCGCUGUUUGCUCUCUCGUAUGCUACAUCCCAACCGCCCUUCAUGUGGAAGCGGUGCAGCCGAAGCAGCCGAGAAUCCGAUAGACGACUGCGUACAUUUGCAAGGAGGACCCCUCUCCCUCCUCCAGCCAACACGAGCAUAUGACCACUAGGAUCCGUUGUUGACCAUGACGAGCCUUGCGCAUUGCUCGAAUGAUGAUUUUGACUCUGGCAGAUACAUCGUAUUGAACACCCCCCCCCCAGUCCCACAAAAGUACCGUGGAAGAAAGCAAUCACGGACCAGUCGCCUGGAUGGAGGGAACGGGAGGGGUGUGGCACUCUUGUGGACAGUAAAAUUUACACUUAUUCAAG